AAGCUCCAGCCGCUCAGAGCUGCUCUCCAUCCCUGCCAGUGGGGCUGUUGUGAGCAACCCCCCCGUGCGCAGGGCUCGCAGAAGAAGAUGGGAAAACUCUGCCUGGCUCUCGGGAUCCCCGUGGUCGUGCUCUGCGCUGCUGGCGUCUGGGGGGGUAACAUCUGUACCACGCGUGGCGUGAACUCCUGCAAGCAGUGCCUGGCCGUGAGCCCCCUGUGCGCCUGGUGCUCUGCAGAGGUCUUGGCCCAAGGAUCACCUCGCUGUGACCUACACAGCAACCUCCUCCAAAAUGGGUGCAGGCAGGACCACAUCGAGUUCCCGACUAGCAGCAUAAGGGUCCUGGAGAACCGGCCUCUCAGCGACAAAGGCUCGGGGACCUCCACCACCACCCAGAUGAGCCCCCAGAAAAUAGAGCUGAACCUGCGGCCAGAUGACUCCCAGAUUUUUCGCGUCCAAGUGCGCCAAGUGGAAGACUACCCCGUGGACAUCUACUACCUGAUGGACCUGUCCAACUCCAUGAAGGACGAUCUGAGGAACAUUCAGAACCUGGGCACCAAGCUGGCCAGCGAGAUGGGCAAGCUAACCAGCAACCUACGCAUUGGCUUUGGAGCCUUCGUAGACAAGCCCAUUUCUCCCUACAUGUAUAUCUCUCCUCCAGAAGCCAUCAGAAAUCCUUGCUAUGAGAUCGGCGAGACCUGCCUGCCCAUGUUUGGCUACAAACACGUCCUAGCGCUCACAGAUGAGGUGAACCGAUUCAAUGAGGAGGUGCAGAAGCAGAGCGUCUCGCGGAACCGCGAUGCGCCAGAGGGCGGCUUCGAUGCCAUCAUCCAAGCCACCGUCUGCGAUGAGAAAAUCGGCUGGAGAAAUGACGCAUCCCACCUGCUGGUCUUCACGACGGAUGCCAAGACCCACAUCGCGCUGGACGGGAGGUUGGCAGGCAUUGUGCAGCCCAACGAUGCCCAGUGCCACAUUGACAAGGAUAACUUCUACUCGGCCUCGACCACACUGGACUAUCCCUCUCUGGGCCUGAUGACCGAGAAACUCUCGCAGAAGAACAUCAACUUGAUCUUUGCUGUGACAGAUACUGUGGUUGGCCUCUACCAGAAUUACAGCGAGCUGAUACCAGGCACAACUGUGGGGACCUUGUCCAGAGACUCCAGCAACGUUCUGCAGCUCAUCGUGGACUCCUAUGGGAAAAUCCGCUCCAAGGUGGAGCUGGAAGUACGUGAUCUCCCUGAAGAGCUGUCCCUGUCCUUCAAUGCCACCUGCCUCAACGACGAGGUCAUCCCUGGACUCAAGUCAUGCAUGGGGCUCAAGAUCGGGGACACGGUGAGCUUCAGCAUCGAGGCCAAGGUGCGGGGCUGCCCGCAGGAAGGGCAGAAAUCCUUCACCAUCAAGCCCGUGGGCUUCAAGGACAGCCUGACCGUGGUGGUGAACUUCGACUGCGACUGCUCCUGCGAGGCUCAGGCCGAGGCCAGCAGCCCCUCGUGCAGCCAGGGCAAUGGCACGCUGGAGUGCGGCGUGUGCCGCUGCAACGCCGGCCGCCUGGGCUCGCACUGCGAGUGCUCGGAGGAGGAGUACAACCCCUCGCAGCAGGACAACUGCAGCCCUCGCGAGGGCCAACCCCUCUGCAGCCAGCGGGGCGAGUGCAUCUGCGGGCAGUGCGUGUGUCACAGCAGCGACUUUGGCAAGGUGACGGGCAAGUACUGCGAAUGCGACGACUUCUCCUGUGUCCGCUUCAAGGGCCAGAUGUGCUCGGGCCACGGGCAAUGCAGCUGCGGGGACUGCCUGUGCGACUCGGACUGGACCGGGGACUACUGCAACUGCACCACCCGCACCGACACCUGCAUGUCCAGCAACGGCCUCGUGUGCAGCGGGCACGGCUCCUGCAUCUGCGGCAAGUGCGACUGCACCCAGCCCGGCUCCUACGGCGACACCUGCGAGAAGUGUCCCACAUGCCCAGACGCCUGCACCAUCAAAAAGGAGUGCGUGGAGUGCAAGAAGUUUGAGCGGGGUGUCCUCGUGGACCAGCAGUCCUGCAGCCGCUUGUGCCGCGAUGAGAUCGAGACGGUCCAGGAACUCGGCGACAGGGGCAAGGACGCCGUGAACUGCACAUACAAGGACGAGAACGAUUGCGUGGUGAGGUUCCAGUACUAUGAGGACUCCAGCGGGAAGUCCAUCCUCUCCGUCAUAGAGGAGCCAGACUGCCCGAAGGGGCCAGAUAUCCUGGUGGUCCUACUCUCAGUGACGGGGGCCAUCCUGCUCAUUGGCCUUGCUGCUCUGCUCAUCUGGAAGCUCCUCAUCACCAUCCACGACCGUCGGGAGUUUGCCAGGUUUGAGGAGGAGAAGGCCAGGGCAAAGUGGGACACGGGCCACAACCCUUUGUAUAAGGAGGCUACAUCUACCUUCACUAACAUCACGUACCGUGGGAACAUGUAAGGAUGCCCACGGCCUGCCCCGUCCCUUCCCAGCACUGGCUGUGGGAUCAGUGAGGAUCGUGGGAGUUUCUGGAGUUUGGUUUACAGAAGAGCUUGUUAGUUGUCUGAGUGUGAGUGUGUCUGCGCGUGUGUGCGAGUAUGUCUGCGUGUAAUUUAACAACAACCCAUCGACUGGCUCCGAGACCCUGCUGUCCAUCACUCCACUAUACUGCAGAGAUGUUCUCUCCAUGGCAAACCUCUUCUUUACCUCAGCGGGCCACCUCUGAGGAAGCAGAUGGCCCCUCCAUACACUGAACUAGGAGAAAUGGGACUUUCUCUGGCUGGCAAGUCUGUGAACUCUGUUAGGUGCUCAUCAGCGCUGAGUGGGUUUCAGGAGCGGCUGCUUGAACCCAGGGCUGCGAGCAGCUCUCUGUGGCCCGUGCUGGAGGAGCUCUGCCUGCUUGGAGAUUCCCCACAUUGAUCCGCUGGAUCCCUUGUGCACUGGACAGACCUUGGCCCUCCUGGAUGCAGGAGCCAUCUCCUCUGGGGCCAGGGCAGCUACGCUUGCUACCCACUCAGCAGGAGCCAUCACCGUGCCUUAUGAGCUGAGGUUACAGGUUGAGUAACUUGGCAGCUCAAUGCUUCUUGCAGCACCACAUUUCUGGCACUGCUCUGAUCCAGGACAGUGAAAAGCAGUGUCCUCACAUUGCAAUGACCUUCUGAAAUCCCUCUACAUACACUCACUUUGCACCACCAGCCGCCUCCAUGUAGCAUCAGCUGUGCUGGUCCCAGCUGCAACCUGGCCCAGGCCCUCAGACAGUGCUGAGCUCCCCGUCCCCUUCCACCUUCCCCAUGCAAAGAGGCAUGUGGCUGG